CGACGACGCACACGUGCGUCGAUAUGACGCCGUCGGGGCUCUCCUUCAUCUUUUUCUUCGUCGACGAGCAGCAGCAGCAGCAGCAGCAACAGAAACAGCAGCAGCAGCAGCAACAGCAGCACCACCAACAUCAUCAUUGCUAUCACUACCACCACUACUACUCGCGACGAUCACAGUGCACGACUUCGAUUGGCUACCGGUACUAAACGAAAGAAGGAAGGAAGGUGGCCUGCCGAUAAGGUGGCUGAACGAACACUCGGCCUUUUUACGAGCACCGUGGCUUUUCCCGUGUCCUUGACACGAGAGACGGACAGACAGAGAGACAGAGAGAUACAAGAGAGACAGACGGAUAGACGAAUAGACCGAUAAAACAAUUUCUCCUCUGUGUGUUGAAUCGUGAGUUCGGUUUUAUUCACUCGACGUUUCAUUGCUGCUGUUUUUAUUAUUUUUAUUAUUGUUGUUGCCGUUGUUGUUGUUAUUAUUAUAUUCGAAAGAAGGAAAAAAGGAAACGCGUCGGAGCCUCUCUCUCUCUCUCUCUCUCUCUCUCUUUCUUUCUUUCUCUCUAUUUCUCUCUCUCUCUCUCUUUCUCUCUCUCUCUCUCUUCUUUCUGCGAGAUAAGAAGGAAGAGAACGUUGGAGAAACCAAGUUGAAAGUUUAUAUUAACCGAGGAGAUUUUUCUUCGAGAACGGAAGAAAUCGUAAAACAGAAGGAGGAAGAUUUUGAUCGACAGUUGGUCGAAAAUCGGAUGUGGUGUUGUUCGCGUUGGUUAGCUACAAAAGCAUCGGUGACACCGACGGCUACGGUAGCUCUGUCGUAUUUGGACGAUCUGGCACGUGAAAAAGUAUAUUGGAUGAAAAAGGGAGGUUGUCGGUGAUGGACAAUGAGCAGCCGCACCAGGAACUGGUCAAGUGCGUGGUCGUGGGUGACACAGCAGUCGGAAAGACCAGAUUGAUAUGUGCUAGAGCAUGCAACAAACACGUCUCGCUGUCCCAAUUGUUAACUACACACGUACCCACGGUUUGGGCUAUCGAUCAAUAUAGAAUUUAUAAGGACGUAUUAGAACGAUCGUGGGAAGUCGUGGACAACGUUAACGUAUCUUUACGUCUUUGGGAUACGUUUGGGGAUCACGAGAAGGAUCGUCGAUUUGCCUACGGCAGAUCGGACGUCGUUUUAUUAUGUUUCUCCAUAACAAAUCCGGUUUCUUUGCGGAACUGCAAAGCAAUGUGGUAUCCGGAAAUACGUCGAUUCUGUCCCCAAACGCCGGUCCUAUUGGUCGGAUGCAAAAACGACUUACGAUACAUGUAUCGAGAUGAGACCUAUUUAAGUUACUUCCGAGAUCGAAGCCCAUUCGUAAGGGCCACGAGAAAAAGUGAUUUGGUCAUGCCUGAUCAAGCAAGAGCGGUAGCACGAGAGUUAGGUGUAUGUUAUUAUGAAACUAGUGUCUUCACUUAUUAUGGCGUCAACGAGGUCUUUGAAAACUCGAUACGAGCCGCCUUAAUUGCACGAAGACAACAACGCUUUUGGAUGACGAAUUUGAAGAGGGUACAAAGGCCUUUGCUUCAGGCACCAUUUUGUCCACCGAAACCAGUACCGCCAGAAGUUUAUCUAACAGCAAGUACCUACGAGGAAAAUAUGAAAACAUUAUGGACAAAGCCAGUUCACACCGACGUAACAUUAAUAACAGGCAAUUGCACUUUCCCAGCUCAUCGAUGUUUAUUAGCAGCGGCUUCGCCUGCAUUUCAUCGACUUUUCUCGGCAGAACUUGCUCAUGAACAUACACCGAGAAGUUCGAGCGAGUCCAGCAUGGUAAGCACUUUUGGCGAGGCCACAGUAGGCGAUUUUAACGACGAUACCGAAUGCCUGAUUCGCAUUGAUCAAAGCAAACCCUCAAAAGUAUGGGAACAAUUGAAAAGAAGAUCGAGCUUUCAAGUUUUACCGACGAUGGAUAAUCAAAGGAAAACCAAUGGUGCUACGAGAGAAUUGAAUCAUCCUGCAUUUCAAAAUAUACGCGUUUGCAUGAGUGAAAAUUCAAACGGAGUGCAACAACCUACUACAGUGGUAACUCUCUCGAAGCUCAUUACGCCUCAGGCUAUGCAGCAAUGCUUGCAGUUCAUCUACACAGGCAGCUUGGAUAAACGGUAUCACGAUCUACAAACAGCUCCUAUUGGGCUAUUACUGGAGAUCAGACAAGCAGCUGAGUUCCUCGAGCUACCACAAUUGCUGAUGGUACUUGGAACAAUACAAACUCGUGAACAGUUUGUAAACAGUGAUCUAAAUAAUCGUUAUAAACAAGUGGUUAGACAACGGCUCGAGGAUAUUUGUCUUGAACAAGGAUUAUUCGCCGACGUUGUAUUCGAAUUGGACGACGGUAGUAUGCCAGCUCAUCGUGCUGUCCUAACUGCUAGAUGCGAUGUAAUGAAAGCAAUGUUCUCCGGUGAUUUUCGUGAGAGCAGCGCCAAAAUCAUAGUUUUCCCUGGAGUUAGAGAAUACACGUUUCAUAAAUUACUUUGUUACUUGUACACGGACGAAGUACCAGCUAUUUCUUCGGCCAGAUGUUUGAAUCUUUUGGAAUUAGCUAAUAGAUUGUGUUUACCAAGAUUGGUUAAUCUGGUUGAGAGCAGAGUGAUCGAGGAUCUUAAAAGAUUAUCUCAAAACGAAGGGAACGAGGCUGUUGAAAAUUGUUUGAGACUAUUGGAACCUUGCAAGUUACACAACGCGGAUCAGUUAGCGGAUUGGUGUAUGAAUCAUCUUUGCGUGAAUUAUAAUAAACUUUGUAAGAUGUCACCUCGUAGCGUGCGCUUACUUCAUCCAGAAAAUCAAGAAUAUUUGAACGAACACCGAUGGCCGCCAGUGUGGUAUCUGAAAGACUACGAUUAUUAUCAAAAGUGUCUAGCCGAACAGGUUCGCGAGAACAAGCCAACUUUGAAAAGAAAUCGGAAUCAAUCGGUUUGCUUGUGUUUCUCAGGCUCGAGUAAAACGAGACGUGAAAGUACGAACAAUGGCGCCGUUAAUGGCGGCACAUCGGCUACGACGACCGAACAACAAGCAGCCGAACGUCCUCUUUUCGAUGCCUCGACGGAAUCAGGGGAACAGGCUGUAUGACAGGAGCCUAGCGGCCAUAGCCGCUCCGUCAGAUUCAUUCUGAUCCUACCUGUGCUCUUGGUCUUCAUUUGCACCAUUUUUACCAUUUUGAUACUCCUACAGAUUUAUACUUAAGGUACGCGAGAAUUACUAAAGAAAAAAUUAAUAAAUAAAUAAAUACAAAUAAAAAAUACACACACGUAUAUACACGAAGAGUGAAGAAGUAGAAGAAGAAGAAGAAGAAGAAGAAGAAGAAAAAAGAAGAGAAGAGAACACGAACAUGUGUUCGCGAAUAAUUAUUUUCACGAAGCAAAUGUUCGGCCAUUUACGAUUUAAAGCCACGCUAUUUGGAAUCGUCUCAUUUUCUUUUUUCUGUCCCCCAACGCGACGUUUUUAAAGAGAGAAGAGAGAAGAAAAGAAAAGAAAGAGAAAGGAAAAACGUCGAUAAACGAAGAAUAUGUUUAUAAUCGACAGAAAGUAAGAAUGUGAUUUUGGAUAAUGACGAUGACGAUGAUGGCUUUCAUAAGAGAAGAGAAAUAUAUAAAGAACAAGAGCAACAACAACAAUAGCUACUUCAACAAAAUUGAUAAAAUAUAUAAAAUGUUAAAAAUGAUUUUCAAAGAACAACAACAACAACAACAACAAAAUUGUUAAAUUGUUAUAAUGUUUUUCAAAGGACGUACAUACAUGCAUGCACACAUACACACACAUACCUAUCUACGUACAUACAUACGUUUGACCCGCGCACAUCUAUCGUUUUUUUAAAAACGUUCGUGCCUUUUUUUUUCGUUGCGCGAUCUCCCUUAUAAUGAAAAAAAAACACACACACACACAUGCACACACGUAUACAGACGGGAUAUAAAUUGAAGCGUACGUAUGAUGUCGUUCUUAAUAUCUCAAAAAUAAAGAAAGUUCCUUUCCGCAAAUCAUCUCGAUCGAAAUCCAAUAUGAAAGAUCGAGAUCGUUUCUUGCCUAUAAUAUUCCUUUUGCAAAAAAAGAGGAAACGCGAUAUAUUUUGGAAAAAGGGGUGAGAAAAAGAUAAAUAGAUAGAUAGAUACAUAUAUAGAUAAAUAGAUAGAUAAAUAGACAGUUAAAUAGAUAGAUAGAUAGAUAGAUAGAUAGAUAGAUAGAUAGAUAGAAAGAAAGAGAUAGGGAUAGGGAUAGAGAUAACGAACGAAUUAAUUGUAAGAAUGGGGGAAAAAGAAAACUAUAACAAAAGCAAACGAACAAACAAACAAACAAACAAACAAACAAAUAAACAAACAAAAUAAACUGAGAAUCCUGCCGUUCGUUUUGGAGAAAUCGAGACUGGCAACAUCGUCCAACGCGGAUUUUGAAAAUUUAUCGCGACGGGCUUUAUUCGCGCGCUUUAUCAUUAUUAUUAUUAUCAUUAUUAUUAUCAUUAUUAUUAUUAUUAUUUUAUUAUUAUUUUAUUAUUAUCAUGGUUAUUAUCAUUAUUAUAAUUAUAAUUAUCAUUGUUGUUAUUACUGUUAUUGUUAUUAUUAUUAUUAUUACUAUUAUUACUAUUAUUAUCAUCAUUAUCAUUAUCAUUAUUAUUAUUAUUGUUAUCUUCUUGUAAGAUUACCUCGAACGCUUUAUUGUCUUUCAAAAAUAUUAACUAAUAUCCCGCGCGAGCCUUUUUUAACAACCCCUUUCGGCACAGGGACGUUCAACGCGAGGUGUCGCGCGUUUUUAACGGAGGAAAACGAAAAAAACGAAGAAGAAGAAGAAGAAGAAAAAAAGAAGAGAAAGAAGAAGAAGAAGAAAAAUAUAAAAUAGAGAAACGAAGAAAAAGAAAAACAUAAAAGUAAAAGUAAAAGUAAAAGUAAAAGUAAAAGUAAAAGUAAAAGUAAAAGUAAAAAUAAAAGUAAAAAUAAGAAUAAGAAUAAGAAUAAGAAUAAAAUACUAUAUAGGAGAAUUUAAGAAGGAAAAAAGGAAAAAAGAAAAAAGAAAGAAAAAAAGAAAAAAGAAUUACCGCAGCAGAGAGCUCAAAGACGUUUCAAUGAUUAUAUCUCGAUUAAAUUAAUGGGGAGUCGUUGAUUUUCGUUGAUAUGCGCGUCAGACUGAAGAAUAUGAGCAAUAGUUUUAGAUUAUAAUAAUAAUAAUAAUAAUAAUAAUAAUAAUAAUAAUAAUAAUAAUAAUAAUAAUAAUAAUAAUAAUAAUAAUACGUACGUACACCUGCAUACCUAUAAACAUACGUAUAAACAUAAAUACAUACAUACGUACAUUAAUACAUGCAUACACACAUGGAUACAUAAUUGCGUAUGUACUAUAAGGGAUGAUAUACAUAAAUUAGCAAUGUAAGAAAAAAAAAAGAAAGAAAGAGAGAGAAGAAAGCAAAGCUUGUCGUAAGUGUAUCACUUAAGAAACUGAGUUUCUUAAGUGAUACACUUACGUUCUUAUGAUAACACUUAAGUUCGUGCGAAUUUUUUUAUUCAAAUUUCGACGAAUGAUUCAAAUACACGGAGCCCUCCGUAUUUUAUUCCUUGCCAUAAAACUCAUCCAUCCCAACCCCCUUCCCCCCAUUUUUCGGGCCCAAAUCAUAUAUACAUAUAUAUAUAUAUAUAUAUACACAUAUAAAUAUACAUACUAAUAAAGAUAUAGCGAGAACAUGACCGCGGUUCUUUCGAGUGCAAGGAAUCGUCGAUUUAAUUUUCUAAUUUCGAGAUAUUAUCGAUUGAAAUAGAAUCUUCUAAUAUAUAAAUACAUAAAAAUUAUAAAAAGGAUUUCCAAAAUGGCGAGAAUAAUUCCCUUGUUCCUUGCUUAUGUUUGCUACGGUUAAAAAAAGAAGAAAAAAAAGAUGCGAACGAACGAACAAAAAAUCACAAUGAAGCUAUUUGAGAUUACAAAGAAAAUCUCGAAAUUAGAUUUUUAAAAAAAGUCAUGAGACCGUAAACGGAAUCGCAUUUAUAUUUUUGAAGGCUCUUAGGCGCAACCUACAUCGACCUGAACAAAAAAUCAUUAUGAUAGGCCUCGAAGGUAUAAAUUUAUUUUAAUUAAUCAAAUUCGUAUAUAUUUUUUAUUUAUUUAUUUAUUAUAUAUAUAUAUUUUUUUUCUCUUGGCUUUGAUUUUAGCAAAUUUAUUAAACUGUUUGAAAACGUGAUGUCCAUAGAGUGUUAGGUUUUCAGGUUGAGCCUAUAAUGCACUUCUCACGGUAAAUGCGAUCCAAAAAAUCCAUCUUUCGCCCACAAAUAAAUAAUAUUUCAGAAUAAUAUUUUUCACACGAAUAGACGAUAAACGACGACAAUUGUAACAUAUCGAUUAUGGUAUCUAUCGGUUACGAUUAACGAUUAUCUAAGCUUAAAUAAUAGCGAUAGAAAAUUGAAACCAAAAAGGAACAAAAAAAAAUAAGAAAAAAACGAGAGAAAGAGAGCGAGAGAGAGAGAGAGAGAGAGAGAAAUAUAUAAGUACAAUACAUAGAGAAUGAAUGAGCGAGUGAGAAAGAAGAAAAGAAAGAAUGAAAAAAAAAAGAAAGAUAUAUCACGUUUGUAAAAAUUGCGCAAUAAGAUUUUUUGUAGGACAUUAUAUUAGUAUUAAUUAAUACGAGUGAAAGUUCGCGUCCUCUACCUCCCACCUCCACCCCCACCCCCACCCCUCAACCCCUUUUCAUCGUCUCACGCUAUUUAUUAUCUUUGCACGAGAAAAGAAACACGCGAUGAAACUCGAUGCGUUUGUUUUUUUUUUAAAUUGGGCCAUUUAUUAAUAAUUAUGAGUUCAUUAGUAAUGCGAUAAUAAAUAGAAAGGAUAAUGCGUUAAAUCGAUAAGGAAAUUUAAUAAUAAUCCAUUUGGAUAAUUCAUUCGAUCAUUCUCUAUUUACCUCGUCGUCGUCGUCGUCGUCGUCGUCGUUAUCGAUAUUAGAUAUUUCCAUUGAAUUUGAUUCGAUCAUUCGACAUAUACACGCACACACGUGUCAACACGUACAUACACACACGUACACGUCGAAAUAAAUAUAUAAUAAUAAAAUAAUAAUAAUAGAUAAUAAUAAUAAUAAUAAUAAUAGAUAAUCUUGAAUAUAAUCACGUGAACAAAAAAAAGAAAAUAUUGUGUAAAACGUAUCAUCGGAAAUGCUUACGUUUAUAUUCUUACCGAUAAUCUAAUCGCGCGCGUAAAAAAAGAAAAAGAAAGAAGAGAAAGAAAAUGAAAAUAAAAUUAAUAAAAAAAAAAAAAAAAAAAAAAUAAAAAA